CAUGCGUAGUGGCGUGAAAUGCCUCAGGUUUGUUUAUGCUCAGGAAAAAGGCACACAGGAUGAUGUCGGCGGGUAGGCCGUGAUGAGCUAACGGCUAGCGGCAGGAGAACACCAGAGCGCGUCAGAGAGCCCCGGGAAGCCAAGCGUCGUUGUCAGAAUGCAGAUUACUCUGAAAACCCUUCAGCAACACACUUUCAAGAUCGACAUUGACGGAGAGGAGACGGUGAAGGCACUCAAGGAAAAAAUUGAAAAUGAAAAAGGGAAGGAUGGUUUUCCAGCUGCUGGUCAGAAAUUGAUAUAUGCAGGCAAGAUACUCAAUGAUGACACUGCACUGAAGGAAUACAAAAUCGAUGACAAGAACUUUGUGGUGGUCAUGGUGACCAAGCCUAAAACAACUCCGUCUCCCAGCCAGUCGUCCCCUGCUUCAUCUGCAGCGGCUCCCGUGGCAACCAGCACUACAGCUCCCACCCCUGUAGCCCCAGCAGCCUCUGACAGUCCAGCUGACAGCACUGGCCAGGAGGAGAAACACGGCGAGGAAACGCCACCCACUAGCGCUCCGUCUGCGCCCUCCGCCGUCAGUUCGUCUGGACUCUCAACAGAUGCGAACAUUUUCGAAGAGGCGACAUCUGCGCUUGUGACAGGUCAGCUGUACGAAAACAUGGUGAUGGAGAUCAUGCUGAUGGGCUACGAGAGGGAGCAGGUGGUGGCUGCCCUCAGAGCCAGCUUCAACAACCCCGACAGGGCUGUGGAGUACCUGCUGACGGGUAUUCCAAUGGAUCGUGAGAGUCAUGCGGUGAGUGGCUCAGUGGUGCCCCCUGCUGGUGGAACUCCAACAGCAACUCCUGUGUCUCAGCCCUCCAGUGCUGCACCAUCACAGCCUGCUGCCAGCACAGGGGCUAAUCCUCUUGAGUUCCUGCGCAACCAGCCCCAGUUCCGGCAGAUGAGACAAGUCAUCCAGCAGAACCCAUCGCUGCUCCCAGCAUUGCUACAGCAGAUCGGAAGGGAGAAUCCGCAGCUUCUGCAGCAAAUCAGCAGUCACCAAGAGCAGUUCAUCCAGAUGCUGAAUGAGCCAGCCCAAGGGGCAGCUGGCCAGGGUGGUGGGGGAACUGCAUCUGAGGCUGGGGGCGGGGCCAUGAACUACAUCCAGGUCACACCCCAGGAAAAGGAAGCCAUUGAAAGGUUAAAGGCUUUGGGAUUUCCAGAGGGACUCGUUAUACAAGCCUACUUUGCCUGUGAGAAGAACGAGAAUUUGGCAGCAAACUUCCUUUUACAACAGAACUUUGAUGACGAUUAAAGAGAGCCAAAUAAAGUUUUUUUUUCUUUUAAUUUACCAUAUUAAGGGGAAAGACAACAGGUCUUUCCUUACAUUUUACAGCAGCACAUUAUCUUAGUAACACUGGAUUAAAGUCUGUAUGCAGAACAUAAAGUUUCACUCAUGAAAGCACCCAGUGUUGUGCAACUUUCUUAUGCAUUUAGCUGGAACAAAUGGAAUUAAUUUUCUUAAAGAAAUUACCAGCUUAUUCAUCACUGAAUAAAUGUACAAUCCUGCCCCCCACCUGAGAUUCUAGGACAUGUACUCAAGGACUGUUGAACCCCCCCAUCCUCAUUGUUCCUGUUUACAUUUUUUUUUUAUUUGCCAAUUUAACAAUGGGACCUACAUACUGUUUGAAAUCUACUUUAAAGACCAGUAAAAGUUUGAAAACCA